CUCUCACUGACUUUACUACACAAGGCUGUCUCUCCUCUGACUUUAUUUGCUGUAAGAGUCUGCUUGCAUGCAUGGCUGCUUGUUGAUAAAUCCUGCUGAAAUAUGAUUCCUUCAGUUACACUCAACAGUGGAGCAAAGACGCCUAUUGUGGGCCUGGGAACAUGGAGGGCAGACCCAGGAAAGGUCACAGAGGCUGUUAAGGUUGCAAUAAGUGCUGGCUACAAGCAUAUCGAUGGUGCUUAUGUGUACCAGAAUGAGGAAGAAGUUGGGGCUGGGAUUCGUGCAAUGAUUGACCAAGGAGUGGUAAAAAGGGAGGACCUAUUCAUUGUCAGCAAGUUAUGGUGCACCUUCCACAUCCCAUCUCUGGUGAGGGGAGCCUGUGAGAAGACACUCAGUGACCUAAAACUGGAUUACCUGGAUCUUUAUCUCAUGCAUUUCCCAAUGGGAACCAAGCCAGGGGAUGAGCUUUUUCCUUGUGAUGAGCACAAUCAAGUAAUUUCUGAUGGCAGCAACUUCUUGGACACUUGGGAGGCUAUGGAAAAGCUGGUGGAUGCUGGGUUGGUCAAGGCAAUCGGUGUCUCCAACUUCAACAAAGACCAGAUUGAAGCCAUUCUUAACAAACCAGGCCUCAAGUACAAGCCUGCCAACAACCAGAUUGAGUGCCACCCGUACUUGACCCAGGAGAAGCUGAUCAACUAUUGCCACUCAAAGGGCAUCUCAGUAACAGCUUACGGUGCCCUGGGCUCCCCCGACAGACCCUGGGCUUCACAUGAUGAGCCCUCUCUGCUGGAGGAACCCAGGAUCAAGGCCAUUGCUAACAAGUACAAAAAGACUCCAGCGCAGGUCCUCAUGAGGUUCCACAUCCAGAGGAAUGUGAUUGUCAUUGCAAAGUCAGUGACGCCCCAUCGAAUCAAGGAAAACUUCCAGUUGUUUGAUUUUGAGUUGAGUGAAGAAGACAUGAAGACCAUCCUAAGUUUGAACAAGAAUUGGAGAGCAUUUGGACUAGAAUGGGCAUCAAAACACAAAGAUUUCCCCUGAAUACAGAAUACUAACUCAUCAGACAACAUUCUACCUGACUAAGGUGCUUAUCAAGAGUCUGAAUAAUCACAAAACACCUGGGAUUGAUUGUCUUUGUCAGCAGCCUCAAUUUCCUUCCCUACAGAAGGGUAAUAAAAACUCACUGCUACAUUUCAUACUUACCAGAUAAAGGUAGAUAUGCUCACCUCAAUCGCUGUUAUAGAAGGCUCAUAGGGUCAGUAGAGGACACAGCUGUUUCUCAUGAUUUCACUCAUUAUAUUAUUUUUAAACUAACUAGUAAGAAACUCAAAAGCUACAUUUAAUUUCCCUAGCUAGAAAUGACCAAUUUAGCAUUACAUAUCACAAUACAGUUAACUGCGCCUAUAUGCAUAUGUGUGUACCUAUGCACAGCAGCUCAUUCAUUCCCCCUGAGUCUCACAAUUAGCUUUUCUGACCCAUAGUUGUCAUUAAGAGGCACUGUCACCUGCCUAAGCAGCCUUUUCACUAUGUAGGAAAUGUGCAAGUUAUUUUUAUUUUCUUCCACAGGACUUUAUUUUCAGUGCUUUGCAAAACAGCAGGGGAAGAGAAAGCAACUGUUUGGUAACAGGGUUAAUUCACAUGAUUAUUAAGUGCUGUAACAUGACUCAUAAGAAAGGGUAGGAAGGACUUUGUCGUCCCAAAACAAGUCGAGAUAAUAUGUUCCCCUUUCAGAGAUAAGUGCUAAGGCAGUAAUGCAUCUGCUCAAACAGUAAAAAUAAACAUGGUCACAAACUGAAAAAAAACAGGGUUAAGUCACACGACAAGUGUUUUGUUUAUGACACAUCUCUGGAUGUAUCAUAUUGGUGCUGUGAAAAACUCAUUUUGACAAAUACAUUUAGUUUAUCUACACUGUAGGUAUUUUUCCCUCUUACAUGUGAUAUCACAAGCAUGUAAAACUACAAAUAAAACGCUAACAUCAA